UUUGAAAUCAAUGAAGAGAACGAUUUCUUUUAUUUUUCUUCAAAACAAAGGGCAUUAUUUUUUGAUUUAUUAUGCAGGAAGCGCGUGCUCGUGUCGCAGUUGAACAACAAUAAACACGCGAAGCGAAGAUGGAGGAAGCUUUGUUUCUUGACGAAAUUUUGGAGAAAGUUUUUGUCUAUUUUAACGCGAAAUCUUUGACAAACCUUUCGCUAGUAUGCAAGCAAUGGCUCAGGGUUUCACGUGCACCAGAACUGUGGAAAAAACUUGUGCUGAGAAAAUGGCCAUCGCAGCGAUUUUUGUAUCAAAACAUUAAUGCUCGAAGUAUGGAAUGGCACUUGGCUUACCAGGAAUUGGAGCAAAAAUCUUGGUUUUCUCCCGAUGACAUGAAAUAUUUUAUAUUUUGCAAAACUCUAGCAGACGAGCCAAUGUUAGAAGAACUUCGAAAUGUAAUGUUUGAGAGAAUGUCGUAUGUUUCAGAAAAAUGGCUUCAGGCUUACCCAUACGAGCAUGAUGACAGUAAUUACAGAUUUGACAAAAACGCUGAGCUUUAUUUUGAUACGACUCAGCUGCGAUGGGUAUUUCUUGACAGAAGACGAGGGUAUAUUGGUGAUCUUUUUCCAUCACAGAAAUUGAAAAUGCUGCGAAGAAACAAGAAAACACGUCACAUCAGGCCUUACCAAGUCAUUCCAAGUUGUCUUGUUUUGUACCGUUGGCUGUGCUUGUUUAGUUCGUUUGCUGCAGCAGAAGAUGGUCUUACCUUCUAUCGAAUUUGGAGAUUUAGACUUAAGCACCGUGAUACAGGUUUGAUUUUUGAGAUUUACGACUGGAAGGCUGCCAUGAACACAACGUUUUCGAAUGGAAUGCCAGGCAAUAAGUCAUUUCGUGAGGAUGCUCUAGAACUGCUGAAUAUUUUGACCCAUCCUCAUUUUAUAAUGCACCCCCUUGGACUGCAGCCUGUGCUAAAUAAAUUCAAUUUGUAUUUUGCAAGUGCGUCUGCAGGUGGGACUUCCCGUUCAUGCUUUCAAAAGGAACAAACACCAAGAAAAAAACGAAGAUUAAGAUGCAAAAGUCCCAUAAACAGAGAUACAGGUUCACAAGAUAUGGAAAAAUUCAAAGCUAUUAGUGAUGCAAGUGAUAAUGAUGAUGAUGGUCAAUGUAGAGAAAGGAGGUACCCAAAGAGAAAGCGUUCACCAAAGCCACAUUUGCCACUGUCACCUGUCUCUCCAGUUGCUGGCAGUACUCAGCCCUCUGUGUUUGAGAAUAAAGUGUUUUCAAGGGAGUCAAGUUGCAGCAGUGUCUUGAGUGACACUGAGGACUCUGAACGCAGUGAACGUGAAAGUGACUUUGAUUCAGAAUGUGAGUUCCCAGAACAUGGAUAUGCAGUCAACUGUGAUUAUUUCAUAAUUGGUGCACACAGCCUGGAUAUUGAAGAGCAGCAUUCAAUACAAGCAUCCAUAUCAGAUGGAUGGAUGGUAACAAGGAGGGCUAGACCUUGCAAUACUCAGGUUUUUUAUAACCCAAUGGAGGGGUUUUGGUUCAUUGCCAAUGAAAAUAAUGCGGAAGUGCAUCCUGAAAGCCCAUUUGUGCCAAUGAAAGAUAGGCAGGUAGUUUCUCCAAGCUUAGUGACUCAUGUUCACUGCCGGUCAAACUCUGAUAUAGGCAUUCAGUCCUAUCCAAAAGCAGGAAAUUUUUUAGAGAAACACAAUCGGUCAAAUAGCUCCUUGAGUGUGACACCUUUGCUGCCAGAAAAUAAGGCGUUGGCUGAUCAAUUGUUGUCACCUCCUUUGUCACCGCUAUUUUGCCUUAGUUGGUCUCAGAAUUCAGUUGCAAGUAUCGGAACUUCUAUUUCAUCAAAGUCCCAUGCCAUGACUGACGAUGACUUUUCACAGCCAGUGGAAGCACUGCCAUCCUGUCUUGCAUUGUACCGCCUGAUAUGCCUGUUUGAUCUGAAUUGUUCCAUGUACAAGUCGAGUGACGAUGUAAGUGCAUGGUCUGUCAAAAUGCUGCACAAGAAAACAGGGGGUGUUGUCUGUUUCAAGGACUACAAUGGUUGGUUUCAAGUUUUUCUGUCAUUAGAGUUCCCUUUGGUGCACCAGAAGGAUGAGUCUGGUGGAGAGUCUGAAGAUGAUGAAGCUACCAGCACAACCGCAAGCAGUCAAAGCUACAGAGAUCUGUCGUUUGAUGCUGCUGAAUUCAAGGCUGCAGUGAUACAAAUAUUAAACCUAUUAAUGGAUGAAAAAUUUUCACAUCCAUAUGGCACAGUGGCUGGAUCAGUUGCUUAAAGUGGUCAUGAUAUAAACUGGGCUAUUAUUGUGUUUUGUACUUUAUGUAGAUAGAAAGAAUUUUAGUGAACUGGGUUGGGUAUAUUGACUUGAAUUUUUUAACAUAAAAGGCUAUUUAUUGGAAAUGUGUAGAUUAUGUGAUCUCUGUUGUUGACAAGUGUACUGAGUGAUGUUUGUGUUUAUCUCUGUUUGUAAGGAAAACAUUGAUUAAUAAUAACAGAUAAUAUUACAGAGUGUUAUUAUCUGGAAUAUUUAAAACAAGAGUGUACAAGCUUCAUAUCUAGCAAAGAAUGAUUACAGCUUUAGUCAAUAUGAUAUUUUGAUUUUGGUGAUUAUAAUGUUUUGAUUUUAUGUCAAAAAGUUUGCAUAAGCAAAUUAUGAAAGCAAUGAUACUGUGGUGGGGCAUCAAUAAAUUGUUUCUUGUCAAUAACAAUUAAAGAUUUAAACUUUCUUAAUCAGUUCUUUUCACAGAUUAAGACUUAAUGACCUCCCAAACUGUUGUUUUCUAUUAAGUAUUAAGAUUGACUUAGAACAUAAUUACUUGCUCUAAACAAGUACAAGAAUUGGCAAUGUUGGUGGUGUUACACUUAUUAAAUUCUGGUUAAGUUUCUUUCUAAAAAAUUGAUGUUUACAUGGACUGAAGACUUUGUUUUUUUCUCUGCAGCUUUGAAACAAACCCCUUGUAGUUUUCCCACGGAAGAAAAUGAUGAACCAUAUUAUGCCAUUUUGUUUAAUGUAGAUUCCAAAACUCAAUCUUAGAUUUUGUAAAUAAUUUCGGAUUUAUGGCUGACUAGAGAACCGUUUUGUGCAGAAUUUGACAUUAGACAGGAACCGUGUUAUUAAAUGAAUGGAGACACGUGCUUUAAAUCGCUAUUGAAAUCGUUAUAUAAAUGACAUCGUUUGUGAUUAUUGGUCGCACUAAGAGUGUGGGUAUAUGCAAUGUGUCUUUUGUAUUUUUGUAUUUUAAAAUGAAAUAUUAACAUGGAA